UUUGGGCCAGACAUAGCUCAAUCUCAAUCUCGAUCCGUAUCUGCAUCUCAAUCUCAGCAUCGCCCUAUGUUCCGUCAUUCAGUCAGUCACUCAGUCAGUUAGUCAGUUGGCAGUUCAUUCAUUCGGUUUGUUUGCCAACAGUCGCUGCCUUUGGAGCGAUAUUUCGCGGUCGCAGUCGACGUCGCGCUGUCACCGCUGGCGGCAGUUAACUUCUCGCUGUUAACGUGGCUAUAAUUGCAAGACGCAAAGAAAGCAGUUUUAAUUGUUGUAAACAAGCGCGCGAGUUCGGUUCAUUUGGCAAAACAAAAACAAACGACCAGAAGUUCUCCGCGAGUUGUUCAAUCAGUUUUUAUUGUUGAUAAAGGUCGUGAAAAUUGAAUUGGAAAAUUAAAAGCGAAUGGCGCCAACUGUUUAACGUGAAAUGAACGGCUAUUUCAAUCAGCCAGUGAAAAAGUAGAACAAAUAUAUAGAAAUUAAUUGCAAAUGAUUUGUGAACGUUGUAUAUAAAAAGUUGCACGUGUGUUGCCUUGGAUUCAGCUAUAUGCACUUCACGUGUAAUCGAGAAUUAGCAUGGCAAAUAUGGGGAGAUUUUACAGCCUCGAAAGUGGCGGAGAUUAAACGAAACAGAGCACAGCUCCAGAGGCAUGACAAAUGUUUUCCCUCAUUUCCACUUGGCAAAUCAAUAAACUGAAUUCAUACAGAUAGACAGCCGAAGGAGAUAUAGUAUAUAUAUAGUAUGUGCAUAUGUUUAUUGCUAAGAUAAAUUCCCCGCGAGCAAAACAGCAAACAGUAAAAAUAUAUGGGAAAAAAGGAGAGCUUAAUGCCAACGAUCAAUAUUUGAACAACAAAUCAGCAAUGAGAGCGAAGAUACAGAUACAAUUUUCAGAAAAAAACCGUACGAGAUGCGUGAAGCGAAUUAACACCGAUGCGUUAACACAAUUAGUUGAAAAGUGAAAAACGACAUAAAGUAGAGGCAGGAGAUUAAAUAAAAUAAAAUAUAUAUGCCAUUCGGGAGUGCCGACAAAAAGCGGGCCAGCAAUUUUGCAACUUUACACUCGACGGGCGUUUUCAGUCGCGUAAUGAAGCUCCAGCAUCGCGGCUGAGUCGAAGAAAAAAACACAUGUGCCAGAAACUAAAGCUAAAGUGAUAAAAAGAAACAAAAAUAUUACAAAAUAAACAGUUCUAAACUAUGGCUGAUUUAUUGAAAGCGCUGAAUAUCACGGGCAACCUGCUGGCAGGCCUCGAAGAUACCGGCAAUCUAACAAUUGCAACUGCAACGUCCACAACUUUGAGUGAAGGCCUCAAUGGUACGGCAACGACCUUGGAUGCCACAUCCACCAAUAGUGGCGAAAAACUCGAUCUUGGCGGCUUCGAUUUGCCUGGGAACUACUCGAUACUCAUUAACAAACUGGAGCAGCUGGCCCUGGGCUUGGAUUCGGCCUUGGGAAAUUUCACCAUCGACCGCCAGGAGGUCGAGAUCAACUUGAGUGGCGCAGCCUCCGCCAACGAAGUGGCCGAUGUGGCCGACGAUCUCUUCGAUGUACUGCCAGCUGCUCGGGCUCCGCCGCCGCAUAUAGCCCACGGAUCGAGGAUAUAUACGGGCGACGAUGGCCAGGACUUUGCCCAUGUGGUCAGCGAUAUCUGGAUCGGAGUUAUCCUCACGCUGCUCAUCGUAUUUGUGAUAUUCUUCAUUUGCGCUUGCUUCGUUUAUCACAAGUUCCAGCAGUGGAAGAACUCAUACCGUGCCAAUCACAGUGAUCCGACUAUUGAGAUCUGCCGUCGCUGCCCGCCGGACUACGAGGCUGAGUCGCUGCCCUCGUACACGAUUGUGUCCGGAUUGCCCACCUACGACGAUGCCCUGGAGGAGUUCCGCAAGGCGGGCAUUAUCCUGACCCCCGCUGUGGUGCCCAUCAUCAAGAUAUUCGAGUGCGAGAACGGCAAGGAGCAGGCAGUGGGCUACAGCCUGGUGGAGACGAACAUUUCGGGGGCAGAUGGUGGGGCUGGGGCGGACAACGUGUCGAUAGCCUCGACCACCUGCAACUGCGGCAACUCCUCGCCCACCUCCUCGCUGCCCAGUUACAGUGCCGCCACAGCGGCUGCCAUGGCAGUGGCGGCGGCUGCUCCUCCCCAGGUGAUCGAAUUGUCACCGGAACACCUGGCCUCCUUGUCCCAGAAACGACUCUCCCUGCAGAUCUCAUUCAACAAUUCGGUGCGUCGGCAAUCGCCGCUUAGGAAUCAUCUACUCAGAUCCCGGGCGGUGGGGAAUACGGCCGGAAUGGGUCCAUCGGAGGGUGCGGUGGGUGUGGCCAUUCACGGGUCAGGAGGUCACGGUGGACAUGGACAUGGCGCCGGAGCCACCAUCCUGCCCGCCCUGCAUCGUUCCACUUCCACUAUUUCACUGUCCAACGAACGCCAGUUGCUGGAUCAACGCCUAAGGCAUUUGCAUCAUCGCGGUUCCCUCUACUGAGAACCGAAAAUUGAGCAUACCGACUGCCUGACUAUUCCUUCCUAAAUUGUAUUCCUUACGUUAUUCAUAUCCCAAAAGUUGUUAGUUUUAAGACACAGACACAAUAAACAUACGUUAUUUUAUGAUUGUUUCUAA